UCAUUUCCCAGCCCCAAAACCCUGACUAAACCCUACGCAACUUCUCCAGAAUCGCAGAGCUGAGAAAUCUGUGCUUCACAAUUCGAUCGUGAUGAGAAGGAUCAACGGACUCGCUUUCCUCGGCCGCACCGCCGCCGGUAUUGGUGGAUCCACCAGAGUCGGCGGGGCAACUCCACAGCGGCUGGUUCAAGCGGCGACGAUAAGCUCAUCCCGCUCGAAUUCGACUCCGCUCUGGUCCAGUCAAAGCUCCGGCGAUCGCUUUGGCCUGUCAAAACCGUCUGCGGCGGCCGGAUGCGCGAUGUGGUUCUCUACUUCUGCAGCCCAAGAGGUGCACUCUCACGUCGCCGCUGAGAGGUUUGCUCCGAACGACGUCGUUCUGUACCAGUACGAAGCAUGCCCUUACUGCAACAAGGUUAGAGCAUUUUUGGACUAUAAUAACAUUCCAUACAAAGUUAUGGAGGUUAAUCUGAUGAGCAAAAAGGAGAUCAAGUGGUCUGAUUACAAGAAGGUGCCGAUACUGAAAGUUGAUGAUGAACAGAUGGUUAAUUCUUCAGAUAUAAUUGAUAAGUUAUCGCAGAGGAUGAAUCCGGAGAGCAAUGUCGGAGAUAUUGAGGAAGAAAAGAAGUGGCGCCAGUGGGUGGAUGGUCACUUGGUGCAUGUUCUAUCACCAAACAUAUAUCGAACUCCUUCAGAAGCUCUUGAGUCAUUUGAUUACAUCACCAGUCACGGGAAUUUCAGUUUUUCCGAAAGGCUAGUGGCCAAGUAUGGUGGAGCUGCAGCAAUGUAUUUUGUAUCAAAAAAAUUGAAGAAGAGACACAAUAUCACUGAUGCUCGUGCAGCUUUGUAUGGAGCUGCAGAAACUUGGGUGGAUGCUCUCAAGGGCCGGCAGUUUCUUGGUGGCCCAACUCCUAACUUGGCUGAUCUUGCUGUAUUUGGUGUCUUGAGGCCGAUUCGGCACCUUAAAUCUGGCAAAGAAAUGGUGGAAAACACCCGGAUCGGUGAAUGGUACAGUCGGAUGGAGAGUGCAGUGGGGAAAUCUGCCAGAAUCAAUGCCUAAAGGUGGAAUAAAUUAGUUGCUUGAGAAUAUUGAUAUUUGACUCUACUUUAGCCACUGAUUCUCCAAGUCUUAAGGAAUCACUAAUAAGUUCAAACUCUAGCACAUAUCUUAUAGCUGUAUUACAUCAUAUGCUAUUCAACCUUCACAAUAAGUCUUUUUGGGAGUUCAGUUGUAUUUUAGUUUA